UGGUGCUGCAGUGAGGGCCUGGGGAUGGUGCUGCAGUGAGGACCUGGGGCUGGUGCUGCAGUGAGGGCCUGGGGCUGGUGCUGCAGUGAGGGCCUGGGGAUGGUGCUGCAGUGAGGGCCUGGGGCUGGUGCUGCAGUGAGGGCCUGGGGCUGGUGCUGCAGUGAGGGCCUGGGGAUGGUGCUGCAGUGAGGGCCUGGGGCUGGUGCUGCAGUGAGGGCCUGGGGCUGGUGUUGCAGUGAGGGCCUGGGGCUGGUGCUGCAGUGAGGGCCUGGGGCUGGUGUUGCAGUGAGGGCCUGGGGCUGGUGCUGCAGUGAGGGCCUGGGGCUGGUGCUGCAGUGAGGGCCUGGGGCUGGUGCUGCAGUGAGGGCCUGGGGCUGGUGCUGCAGUGAGGGCCUGGGGCUGGUGCUGCAGUGAGGGCCUGGGGCUGGUGCUGCAGUGAGGGCCUGGGGCUGGUGCUGCAGUAAGGGCCUGCUGUGCUCUGCAGUCACUCUGUCCUCACUGCCUGUGCCUCCAGGACUUCCCAGUGCAUCGCUGGUCCUGGGUCACAGGUGGAGCCUCCUGCGAAACCUGCCAGCACCUCGCAGCAGGAGCUCUGGUGCCCUGGAGGCUGCAAGGCCGGGCAGGACUGCAGCAGUAGCAGGCUGCCACAGCAGUGAGGGUCAGGGGAACCACCACCACCACCUUGGUGCUGGCAUCUCAGCCACGAAGGAAAGGAACAGAUUGAGUCGAGUGUGACAAUAUUUGAGACUGGGAGCAAGUUCAUCAGACACAGCCUUGCACACACUGCUGGAGGAAACCAUGAGUGGCCAGAGUGUGGGGAAAGACUCCCUGGGAAGGCUGACCUCAGCAGAUACACCCACACGCUCUGCUGAAGGACCUCAUGAGUGCCUUGACUGUGGCAAAAGGUUCAGUAAGAAGAGCUACCUCAACGCACACCGCCGUGUACACACUGAUGAAAGGCCUCAUGAAUGCCUUGACUGUGGCAAAAGGUUCAGUAUUAAGAGCUACCUCAAAAAACACACCCUUACACACACUGCUGAAACGCCUCAUGAGUGCCUUGACUGUGGUAAAAAGUUCAGUAGGAGGAACUACCUCAACGCACACCGCCGUACACACACCGAUGAAAGACCUCAUGAAUGCUGUGAGUGUGGCAAAAGGUUUAAGUGCCAGUCUGACCUCAACGCACACAGCCAUACACACGCUGCUGUAAGGCCCCAUAAAUGUUUAGAGUGUGGCAAGACAUUCAGGAAGGUGGGUCUCCUCAACGCGCACAACCUUACACACACCGGUGAACGGCCCCACCAGUGCCUAGAGUGUGGCCGGGGAUUCGCCCAGAAGAGAAGCCUCCAAGAGCAUCUCCGUACACACGGUGGUGAGAGGCCCCACCAGUGCUUGGAGUGUGGCCGGAGAUUCAGCCUCAGGGGCGCCCUUACCAAACACGGCAUUAUACACACUGGAGAAAGAAAUCACGAGUGCCCAGAGUGUGGCCAGAGGUUUGCCCGAAGGAGCAGCCUCAAGAGGCACAGCAUCACACACAGUGCCAGCAGACCCCACCAGUGCCCAGAGUGCUUCCAGAGGUUUGCUUCGAGGUCGGUGAUGAACAAGCACAUCUUCAGACACUCUGGCCUGAGAGAGUUCAAGUGUGACGUGUGUGGGAAGCACUUCAAAAUGAAGGAGGACAUUGCCAAGCACAUGAAGACCCACUUCUGAGAAUGGACGGACAGACAGCUCCUGAAGUACUGGUGACUGAUGGCUGGAUUGAUGAGUGGCUGAGUCCUUCCCACUGCUGCUGUUGAGUGCUGUUGUCCAUACAUCCAUCACACAGCAAAA